AUGGGACAACUCAAGACUCAAGUACCACUCAAGACUAUGGAGCUGGAACCCAUCCUCAGUCUUGAGGAGUUCCCAGCGUAUGUCCAACCCCGAAGAGUGGUGUCGCGUUAUGAUGCCAGUCAAGAGAACAAGCCGAACCUUCCCUGGUGGAAACUUGACAAAGCUGGGAUCGACAUCCUGCUGAAAGCAUUUGCACACCUUAUCAUUGAACUUCUCAAAGGCUCCCCGGAUACCGACAAAGAGCUCCACCUGGCGAUCAACGCUCUUUUCGACUGUGAUGGUCUCUCGCUCACCGGUGCAGAAGGCGCGGCUUGUACCAGCUCGAUCACCCGAUACGUCCAGUAUCCAAAGAGCACGACUGGUGAGGACAAGUUCUUUGCUGAGAUCAAAUUCUUCACCCGAGAGGAGCGCGAAGCAUUGCUCAAGGAGCACGCUCGGUCGUACUACUUUUACCACAACGCAGACGACGACUCAGAUGAUGAGGAGUCUCCGCGGACAAAGUCGGUCGGCCAGGACCAGAUGGAUCGCAGCCUGAACGAUACAGCCGAAGACAUCUUCACAACCCUGUUUGGCUCCUACGACGAGUUUUCCGAACACUGGAACGUACCGGAUUACAAAGCAGGGGAGUUCGUGCGCCUGUGCCAACUGAAAUGCGACGAGGCUCUGAAGAAGGAGCAAAUCGACUCUCAGGGGAUCGCGACUAAGAUGGCAGAUACUCAAAUCGAACUGCUGGAGCAAUUGCGACCGUUUCUUACUAGCAUCAAGGGUCAAAAGUGUUUAUGGCCGCUUGUGGACAACAUUUCAGUCAGAUUCCAUCAUGAACUCCUUCAAGGAGGGAUCGAGAUCAUUGAUCUUCCAGGUUGGGGUGACAUCAAUCUUUCCAGAGUCCGACACGCGGAGAAGAUCAAGGAUACCGUCGACGUUGAGAUCAUUCUAGCAGACACGAUACGCAUCGCCUCUGACGACAAAGUCAUUAACAGCACACGGGCAGCUGUUGCUCAUCAUGGCCCUUCGAAGGUCAAAGUCGUCGCAACAAAGAUCGAUUCUCUCACCAAAAACCAGCUGUCUCAAUGCAAAGGCGGAGAAUUUGAUCGCAUCAACCAGCUGCUCCAGGAGGUCGAAGAAAAAGAAGCCGCGCUCGAUGAUAACGACGAUGACGAUGAUGGAGUCAAUGCCAAAGAGCGCAGAUUGUUGGGUCAAUAUCGUAUCUACCUGGAGCGAACACGAAAGCAGAGAAAGAUACUGCAACGUGCAGACAACAUCUCCGCAGAGCUGAUGUCAAAGCUUCGCAGUCGGUCAACCAACGAUAUGCCCCAAAUUUUCCACGCAUCCGCCUCUGAGUACAUGGAUUGGAUACGCAAACCAAAAUUGACCUUCGCAAACCAGCCAUCCUUGUCGCCCGACAUGACUGGUAUUCCUGCCAUUCGCGAGUUUCUCUUCUCACUGCCAGCACAACAAAGCUUGAGAGACUACGAACGCCAUAUCAACGUCACGGUCUCAGCUUUCAUUGAGAAGAUGAAGAAGACAGUGGCAGAGAAUGAGCGUGAUGGGGGUUUCCGAACGAUAGCUGACGACUUCGACGCUCACCGCAGAGGUUACAUGACGCGACUCCUCUCAGAAGCGAAGUCAGCAUUCCAGCGAUGCUCCGAUGACAGCAUUAAGAAGAUUGAGAAAGACAUCCCUAACUUCAAAGAGCAGCUUGAAGAGAAAAUGACCGCAGAAUGGUUCAUACUCAAGGCGGCAGCUUUCACCCGAAUCGUCAAGUGCCGUGGUGUCGUUCCGAAAGGCGCAUCUAGAGCCAGAGGCCUCGAAGAUGGAUGUCACUGGAACAAGGAACUGGCAGAUCUACUUGCACCUGGUUUCAACAAAUGGUACAACACGCACAGGUUGUGCAUGGCGAACAUGAAACCAGCACUGAGUCAGAGCUUGCACCAGCUCCAUAUGAAGAUUAGUAAAAUGAUCAACGACUCUAGCGCAAACAUGGUCACUAUCGAGAAGGCCAAGAAGAAGUGGGAACCGCUGCGCACCCGACUCCAGGCUAAGCUUAUGGUGCUGAUGGACGAUGUCAGCAAGCUGGAGAAGUUGAUGUUCGAAUCGGCAACCAUGGAAUUCGGUCAAGAGAGGACCCUUAUCUCAUACAUGACUGAUGACCUCUACACCGAGGUUUUCGAAGCGGUACCCGAAGAGAAACCACCUCUACCGGUAAAAUCAGGAAAGAAGAAGCCAGCAAAACGGUACGUUAUGCCCAAGAUCAAGUUCCAGAAGAAGCGCAUGGAAGACUUGUUCCUGAACCCAGAUUCACACUUCAUCGACCAGGUCCUCAAGCGCUUCCAACUAGAGUUCAACGACGCAAUGCGCACUCUGCUAGAGAAGCAUUUUGUUAGCAUCGACAAGUUGUUGGAGAACCUAAGCGCAAGUCUCCGGGCAGAGGCACCUAUCGAUUAUCGCAUCACCAAAGAAGGCGAGGCUAUCCGUGCCGAGUUAGCGCAGCACAUCCCGAUGUUCGAGGAAAAGGCCAUGGAACUAAGGAGCAAAUUGCCACAGACAGUAAAGCCCGAAGACGAAAUGGCUCUCACGCUUGUUAAUACCGACGCGUUCGAUGGAGAUGACGAAGACAACCUCGCCAUAUUCUACGAUAAGAUGGUGAAGACCAAGCGGAAGGAUCCUGAGCCUACUAUCCGGCGACCCAAGCGGAUCAAGACAGAGCCUGUCUGA